AUGUCGCGCGAGGCGGAAGCACUGAAGCGGCGACGAGAGGAGGCGCUCGACUUUAUCGCCGACUCGCUGACCGAGUUGGCUACCGGCGAGGUCAUUCUCCCUCGGCACCUGCUCCAUGGCCGCCAGCCUGUGCCUGCUCAACUCGAAGCUCCUCCCCUCGAUCCGCACGCGGCCGAUGCGUACUUGAACCAUGCCCUGGCUCGCCCGCUGGCCAAUGUAGCUACCACCGCUACCCGGAGACGUGCGGCGAAGAUCGAGGCUGCUCUGCGGCCUACCCGUCUCUCGCUCGUUGUCCAGCGCCGCAUCGAUGCUGCUGCUGCAUUGCCAGCUGAUUCACCUGCGCCUCGCUGGCCUCCGCCUCGCUCCCGUCGUCCGCAUCGCAUUCCGCCUUCCCGGUCGGGCCCCCGAUCACCGGCCUCGCCGUCCGCCGGCGCGCCUUCCCCCCGGGGACACUCUACACCGCCGCGCUUGCACGCCUCGCCGCCGCGGGCGCGAAUCUUUGUCACCGCACUCGAGACGCCGGCGGGCAUCGCACUGAGCGACAAGCUUGAAGUGCUGAAAAAGGUUCGGCACAGCGCGCGGUCUGAGGCCAGGCCCGAGAAGCAGAGGCGCAAACCGAGGAUCCUGCGGUUCUCGUCGCCGUCGCCGCCUCUGCGAAAUGCAACGGCGAGUGGCGCAGCGCGGGCGCUGUCACGGGUGACGGGUCGCUCGCGCGACGCGGUCUUGCUCCGAUCGCACACACCGAGUGUGUCCUCGCCACGCUCGACGGGUUUGGCUCCGGGCGCUUCGCGGCGCGAUGUCCGCAUCGCCGAACUUGCCGCGGCCUACCCCUCGCUCAACGUGGCCGAGCUUGCCAACCGUGGCGCCUACCACGCAAUCGCUGCUGUCGUCGCCUAUGUCGAAGCCGAAGCGCCAGUCCCUCUGCCUCUGGCGGCUGCCGCCCAUGACGCCCUCGAGCUUCUGCACGCCGAGGAGUCGUCGCGGAUCGGGAUAGAGAACGCACUGGCGACGUCAUCUGCGCUUCGCCGCGCACACCACUCGCUCACCCGCCGUGCUGUCUCGGCGCUCGACACCGUCGACCACCGGGCGACUGGGACUGAGAUUCCGUACCGAGCCAUGGCGUACUCACCGUUUAUGCGGGCCGGCAAGUAG